AUGGCUCUCGGAAAUGGAAAAGGUGUCUGGAAGUUACAAGGAGCUAAAGAGUACAAAAAGCUACCCAGAGGCAUUUACGAUGGCGGAUCAACGAAUUUAAUCAUCUGUCUACCUGGUUCAGAGGACACGAAGAUAACGACACCGGGUUCUUCGGAGAAGGACAUUGGAUGUUUGACCCAGCGAAAUUUUCACUAUGCAACAUCAAAUGGAUUUUACACACUCACAGGCGUUUUGGAAUAUCUGCAGUCAGAAUGGGCCAAAAUGGAAAUGGAGCGUUCGGAAUGGGAGGUCGAACGCGCAGAGUUGCAGGCUCGAAUCGCCUUUUUGCAAGGAGAGUGCAAGGGUCAGGAAAAUUUGAAAUCUGAUCUUGUUCGGCGGAUUAAGAUGUUGGAGUAUGCUCUGCUGCAGGAGAGGAACAAAAAUUUCGAGCUAAAAUAUCCCAAUGAAAACCGACCUACUCUUCAAGACGUUCAUUUACGGACCAAUGAAGCCACACCGAGCGUAGAGAAAAGCCAUCGACUGGGUACUGAGGCUAUGCGCUGGAGGGAAGAACGAAUGCGCUUGAAAGACUACCUAAUCAGUGCUGGACUUGGGGACGCAAUGGCUCAACUUCGCGAGACACGAGUUCAGGAUCUGUUGGCGACGAUAAAUUCAGAAAUAAGGGGAGAUUUGGACGACUCAGGCGUUCCUUCACGUUUUCAAGACCCUGGGUUGUCUACCGAACCAGUUGAAUCCGACCGCGACAAUGAGGGCCAACAUGUUGCCAUCACUUCCUCCAUUGGAAACCUUGAGGACCGAUUACCACUCAAUGUAGAUGAGCUUAACGUGGAGGAGCCCUCCGUAUCAGAACUCGGCGACGGAUGGGAUGUUACAGACCCAGAAACAGCCGCGGCCCUUGCGGAGUUCGAGCUUCUGGUAGCACAACAAGGUUGCAUCGAUCGAGUCUCAUCUUCGGUGGAAUUCAGGCCAAAGAAGAGUGGUGAUCUGCCUGAUUCUGGUUCCACAAAAUGGCUCGGUGAUGAACCCACAGCUCUCAAGGAUUGGGAUGCACUAGACGAGAAGGAACUGCUUACUCGUUUCAAAGAACAGUAUCGUGCUGACCGGUCCAAAGCACACCGUGUGGGUGGCCGCUCUAUGUCUGCACUGAAAUCUCCGUUGGAACAGCAACUUGAUGUCGGUGAGUCCAAUAUCACAGCGGAAUAUCCACUUGGCUCUCUCAAUGAAGAUAUCGAUGUGAAAAGACCCUUUCAAGCCGAUUUCCCGUCUACUAAUACUCCGAUUGUGGCGGACGAUGUAGAUGACAUUACCGACGAAUAUGACGCCAUUCUAUCAGAGGAACACAACUCUUCAAAACAAUCGGAGAUGCUGAACGCCCAAAAUCUAUCUGCGUCUGUGCCACCUACCAGUGUCAGUUUGUCGAAAACCGCACAGAAAUCAUCGAGUUCGGUAUCCGCUUCACUUGGUUUGGGGGAUCUUGCAAGCUUAACUGUUGCAAACGAAUCUGAGUCCGGGCACUCGAGAGCUGUGUCUACCGUUAUGGAGAGCUUAGAUGGUAUUGAUGACCUAUUGAAAUCAGGAUCUUCUGUCGAUGGAGCUUCAUCAGUUGUAUCUAGCGCAGUUGCAACGACUGAAACCCCUCCAUGGACUGCCAAAUACACGCUCCGAAGCCACUUCGAUGCAAUACGUGCAAUCAGCUUUCACCCGGUGGAACCCAUGCUUGUGACUGCAAGCGAGGAUCAUACUCUAAAGCUGUGGAAUUUGAACAAAACUGUGCAGGCAAAGAAGUCGACGAAUUUCGACGUGGAGCCGGUGUACACUUUCCGGGGUCACGACAACCCAGUGCUCUCCUUGGCCACAUAUACCGGGUCAGAUGUUACCGAACCUGUUGGGUCCUCCUCGAUGGUGCUUUUCUCAGGUGACCUUGCUGGUCAUUUGCGUACGUGGCGUUUAUCCAACUUGCGAGCUGACCCUUAUGAUGCGUAUGAUCCGGCUGUUCCCGGUCCCCUUCUCCUUGGCCACACGGAUGCCAUCUGGUCCAUGUUCGUUCGGCCUGAUGGCCUACUUCUUUCUGCCUCUGCGGAUGGUACAGCUUGUUUAUGGUCCACUGCACACAUAGCUUCAUCCCCUUCCACCGGUAUUUCCCACCCUUCGCACGUCUUCCCGUUAACCCCUACUCUCAUGGUUUCAAGACCGACUGAAAUGGGAUCCAAGGCCCCAGUUCCUACCUCUAUCAGUUUCGUCCAUGCGGAGAGAAACCACUUCCUAUCUGGCUUUACCUCUGGGCACAUCGGAUUGUUUGAUUUGGAAACCAACCAGUUAGUCAGCUUAUUCCAUCCGAAAAAUAAGGCCGAUUCUUCUAACACGGACGUAUCCUCCCUCAAACCUGGUGCGGUGACGUGCGUGGUUGUCCAUCCUCAACAGUCACUUGCCGUAGGUGCAUAUGAGGACAGACACAUUCGUUUCUAUGAUCUCAAUAGCGGAAAAUGUGUCCAUGGUAUGGUGGCACAUUUGGAUGCCGUGACCUCUUUGAGUUUGGACCCUCAAGGAGCUUACCUUAUUUCUGCAAGUCAUGACUGUUCGAUUCGUCUGUGGAAUAUUAACAAGCGAACUUGCAUUCAAGAAAUAACCAGUCACCGGAAGAAGUUUGGUGAAUCGAUCCAUGCGGUGGCAUUUCACCCUAGCAAACACUUCAUGGCCAGUGCAGGCGCAGACGCUUUGGCUAAGGUGUUCGUAUGACCUGUCGUUCAACCCAGCGCACUUGAGGAUUUUCUUUGACAGAUAACUCGGACAGCAGCGCCACGGUUGUCGUCGAUGCCCUGCGCGGGAAAGAUAAACCUGCUUUGUGGAUGACCUACUCUGCAAAUUCACCCAAAAGCAUGCAACCGACGGUCUCGCAUUUAGCCCUAAUCUUUUUACAGGAUAUUGUGGGCUCAUCUCUAUUUUCUCUUCCGUUUAUUCUCAGACAUGUUUAUAUAAAUGAAUUCGUCCUCUAUUUUAUCUCCACUGGUUUGUUUUACUAACUUCAAUAGUUUUUCGCCAUAUUUCUAUGCGAAAAAGCCUACUUUCAUGUCGAAGUUUUCAGCUGUUCUGGUCGACUUUGGAACUGCUUCGUGGCGGUAAUGUAUUGUGAAGUGUUGGUAUUGAUUUAAUUCCUAUUAUUUCAGUAAGCAACAUUUGCAGCAUGCAUUUGAGUGCUUUCUCAGCCUAACCUUGCGUCACUUUAUUCGUUAUCUGCUUGUGGAACGAGUUGGCUGUUUCUUGUUCAUCAGGGAUGACCUGGUUACCAUUACAUCAUCAUUUCAGCCAUUGUACAGAAUGUUUUUCUAUUCAUAUGUAUACACGUUUUACACAACGUGCCGGGUCGCCACUCUGCUGCGCUAUUUGAUCCGACAGUCUUGUCGUCGAUUCCAUGUUGGCCAAUACAGUUGCUUCUCCUUUUUCUCCUAGUUGUCUGUUCACCUUAUUUGUAUCCUUUUUCUGAACUGAAGAAAUCAACUAACUGGUCAUGC